AUGGGAGAAGAAGUUGCCCUGUACUGUGCCAAGUAUCUUCCUGAGAUAAUCAAAGACCAGAAGGCCUACAAGGAGGGCAAAUUGCAAAAGGCCCUGGAAGAUGCUUUCUUAGCCAUAGAUGCCAAGCUCACCACUGAGGAGGUAAUUAAAGAGCUCUCUCAGAUGGCUGGGCGACCCCAAGAUGAUGAAGAUGAGAAGGAGAAAGUUGCUGAUGAAGACGAUGUGGAUAAUGAGGAAGCUGCUCUUCUGCAUGAGGAAGCCACCAUGACCAUCGAGGAGCUUCUCACACGUUACGGACAAAACUGCACCAAGAACCUCAAAAACAAGUCCUUAGCUCCAGCUGGGGAGAGCGCUGCAGAGGGGACAGGCAAGCAGCAUGAUGGGGAGUCAAAUAUGAAUGGAGAGGCUGACCCAGGGGAGCUUACCGACCACAAGGAGAGGAAGAAUGGGAAGCCAGAUGAAGAAAUCACGGGUAUUUCCUCCACCUCAGACAAAGCCAGCGCUGGAGGCAACAGCCCUGCUCUGCAGAAGCCUGAACUAGGCAAAGGUGACGAGGCCGUCACCUCUUCUACUGGGGAGGCCGGGCCCUCCUGCUCCUCUACGGGGAAGCCCCAGCGCACAACCAAAUCCAAAUUUUUUGAGGACAGUGAGGAUGAGUCAGAUGAGGUUGAGGAAGAGGAGGAAGACAGUGAGGAAUGCAGUGAAGAUGAGGAUGGUUACAGCAGUGAAGAGGCAGAGAAUGAAGAUGACGAAGAUGACACUGAAGAAGCAGAGGAGGAUGAGGAUGAAGAGGAGGAAAUGUUGUUACCAGGCAUGGAGGGCAAAGAGGAGCCUGGCUCUGACAGUGGGACAACGGCCGUCGUGGCGCUUAUCCGGGGCAAGCAGCUGAUCGUGGCUAAUGCCGGAGACUCUCGCUGCGUGGUGUCAGAAGGUGGCAAAGCUGUUGACAUGUCAUACGACCACAAGCCGGAGGAUGAGGUGGAGCUGGCCCGGAUAAAGAAUGCUGGCGGCAAGGUCACCAUGGAUGGGAGAGUGAAUGGCGGCCUCAACCUCUCCAGGGCAAUCGGUGAUCACUUCUACAAGCGGAACAAGAAUCUGCCUCCAGAAGAACAGAUGAUCUCUGCCUUGCCUGACAUCAAAGUGCUGACAAUAAAUGACGACCAUGACUUCAUGGUCAUCGCCUGUGAUGGAAUCUGGAAUGUGAUGAGCAGCCAAGAAGUGGUGGAUUUCAUCCAGUCCAAGAUCACCCAAAAGGAUGAGAAUGGAGUCCUGAGGCCGCUCUCCUCCAUUGUAGAAGAG